UAAAACAAUACAGAAGUUAAAUUGAUAUUUUAAUAUAAAACACAGUUAAACGCAUAACAUUUUUUUCCCCCAAAUUCGAGAUCUCGAUUCCCUGCCCUAAACACUCUCGUCUUCAUCAUCGUCUCAAAUUGGAUCUCAAUCAAGAACAAUCCAAUCAUCAAAAUUAACAGUUCCCAAGACAAGAACUCACUGAUUUCAUCAAUCAUCUCUGCAUUACACUAUUGUGAAUGAGCAGAACGAUGAUCAUGUAGCCGAACUCGAUUAACUUUCAAAUCUCUUUGAUGUCUUGUUAAUGGAAUUUCCGGUGGACGAGAUCGCCGACAUUGUUAAUCGUGGAGAUCAGAUGUCGUCGUUCCAUAGUCGUUCCAGGAGCAAGAGAUCAAGAGAAACUUCGUCGACGAGUAACGGCUGGACAGUUUCUCCUGAAAAAGCGCAGCCAAUUGCCGCCGGAAAGAAGAAACAGGAUGUGGUGAGGAGAUGUACGCAUUGCGCGUCGGAGAAGACACCGCAAUGGAGGACUGGACCACAUGGACUCAAAGAUCUUUGCAACGCGUGCGGCGUUCGGUUCAAAUCUGGAAGGUUAUUACCGGAGUACCGACCGGCGGCGAGUCCUACGUUCGUUUUAACUCAGCAUUCGAAUUCUCACAGAAAGGUAAUGGAACUUCAGCGGAGCAAGAAAUCAAAAGGAACUUUGACAAUCUCGUCGGAAUCAAACGAGCAGGUUUGUGAAAAAUCGAAGCAGAAUGCGGACGGAAAGAAGAGAGAUAGUUUGGAGGCGGCGUCGGAGCAGGAUUCGGUGAAGCGAUGCACGCACUGCGCGUCAGAGAAGACGCCACAAUGGCGGACUGGGCCACUUGGACUCAUUGAUCUUUGUAAUGCGUGUGGUGUUCGUUACAGAUCCGGCCGGCUCGUACCGGAGUAUCGACCGGCGGCGAGUCCUACGUUCGUUUUAACUGAGCAUUCAAACUCUCAAAGAAAGGUGACGGAGCUCCGGCGGCAGAAAGAGAUUCUCAGGCAACAGCAGCAGCUCUAACAUCACAAUCAAUCACCGGAAGAAACAAGUUUGAAGUAUGCUGACGACGUCAUUAAUUCUCUCUCUCUUAGUUGAGUUUAUUGUGACAUUUUUUUUUUUUUAUUUAGGAAAUAAGGUUUUCAUCAUUAUUUUAAAUCAUAUACUUUUUUACAACAUGUUGACUUGUUUUGUUCUCUAAUUUUAAAUUAUUUUUAUCAUUA